AUUUAUUUAUAUAUAUGUACAUUAAAUAUAUAAAUAUAAAUUAUAUAAAACGUUUUGUUCUUUGUGAUUACGGCCAUUGCUAGACGGUGCAACGAGCAAGGAGAUAUAAACCGAAGUGUGAAAAGAAAUGAUUGCCGAUAAAGCCAAAGUUAGCAACAAAGCCUUACAGCUCAGGGGAGCGACGAAACCGAAAGCAGUGUAUAUACCUGAUACAUACAUGCACAAAUAUAUCCAUGUCGGCUAGUAUAUAAUAUGCCAUAAUUAACAAAGCAAGAUGUGGGCACAAUAUAUUAUAUUGAAAAUAUAAGGAACUCCAAGUGAAUACAUUUGCCGUAGUGAGUGUCGUAUUAUAUAAAAAAGUAAAUAAAAAAAAAACAACGCAAAAAGUUUAAUAUCUAAAUGUAACGCAAAAAAAAAAAACUUAAAUCAAAUUCAAUGAUGUUUCGUAAUUAGAAGACACCGCAACCGUUUCAUUUCUUCGGGAAGGCGAUAAGACAACGGUGUUGACGAGGAAUUUUUAAGUGCUAAAAAUUUCUCCGAAGCGGCUGAUCAGUAUAAAAACACACAGCAGUGAGCAGUGGUGAGAAAGUGACAGCAAACAUAGUGAAAUCAAAAUAUAACUUCAAUAAUAUCUUAAAUAGUGACCUGUGACUUGGUACAGUUAAUAUAUCCCGUUUGUGCUUAAUAAGAAUCGGCUAGAAAAUAUAUUUUAAUAUAUAAGCAAAGCAUAAUAAACAAUCAUUACAGCCACAUUUCGAAAGUUCAAAACGUAAUUUAUUUUUAUUUUUAUAUUUUGCUUUAAUAUCGUGUAAAGAAAUUAAAUUGGCUAUAACACGAAAAAGGACACAAGUGUUGCGAGGGCAUGUUUAGUGUGAUCGAAAGUGCGGUUAAGUGUCGUCUAUGGCCGAAUCCGUUAACAGUCAAUCGCUCUCUGCAGUGACGGAGGGGCACGACGACAGUACCACCGUAGCUACCACGGCGCCAGCAACAACAACAACCACAACAAAAGCACGUCGUAGCAGACAACUGAAGCAAAAGCAACGUUCAACACAACAAACACAAUAUAAUCGUCGUAAACAAAUCAAAUUACAACAAUUCGCCAAUAAAAAAAACAAACAACAACAGCAACUUACAACCAGUAGUGCCGGAAGUGGUAGUGGCAGUGAUAUCGCUACUACAAUAGCGCAACCACAUUUACGAAAUAAAACUACAUCUAGUGUUAGUAGUUCAAUUAAACACAUUCACACCAAAAGUCGAGCAAGAGCAGCAACAGGAACUAUAACUGGAGCAGCGCAUAACAGCAGUCAGAGAAGCAGCUUUACCGGAAAGCGAUCGUCAUCACGAGGAGCCAUCAAUAACAGUACUGCUGGAGUUGAGGCCGCUUCUUCCAAUGCAAUAAGUGCUACACGAAGUGACCGCAAACGCCACCACGAUCAACAACAGUUGAAGUCCACAACAGUUGCGGCAACAGCGACAACUUCAUUACAACAAAAGAGCAAUAACGAUUCAAGUUCACCACUUAAGAAGCGCCGUUAUCAUACUACUAACAUAUCUGCUAGCACAUCAACAACAACACUCCCAACAACAACAACUGUGCAAAACAAAAACUCUAUAGUGUCAGCUACAUCAACAGAGGACUUAGGACCUGGUUUUAAUUUGGGCGAUUGUGUUGCACAGCGCACUCGCUCCAAGACACUUACCACAGAAGACGCACAGAAGCUUGUUAGUGCCACUAGCAAUCGAAGCAAUAGACAUUCAUUUCCACUUGUAUCGGCAAAGAAGCAUACACGUCGCAGUGGGGGUAAAAAUAGCGAAAUUGUCUUUAACAAAAGUAAUCAUAUAAGCAGUCAACACAUUGAGUCAGUGGCCACAGCAACAACAGCAACAGGAACGCAACGGGGCACCUUUAGUGUGAGCAGUAGCAGCGGCGGCAGUAGCACCAGCACCGGCCAUUCAAAAAGUAACUUACUAAAUUAUUUUCGAAAAACACGUAAAAUCAGUCACAGUCGUACUGCAGCGCCCAUCAAACGAGGAACAGCACACUUCGCAGACGACAGUGCCGAUAAUAGCAGCGAUAACAACCAGCAACACCAAGAAAAGAAAAAUCGUAAGCUCAACACAACCGCCGAGGGAAAGAACAGCCGAACAAAUUCAAGGCAAAGUAAAAGUCUUCAAAACAGUAGCGUCAAUACCACAACAGCAACGUCGUCUCGCUCUCGUAAAAGUGAAUGUAGUAGUGGUGAUAAGAGGCAACAACAAAACCAACAGAACAACACUCGCUCUUUCUUAUCAGUUGUAGGCAGUCGAAUAAAAUUAAAUACGAAGUCACCAUCAACAACUGCAACCAUCGACACAGUAAACACAAAUUCUCUACAAAAUCAGAGCGCCGCACCAUCAGCCACAGUUGUACCUAGUAACGCAGAAGGAGCAGGACCCUCGAGUAGUCGAACAACGACCACUACUGGUGCUUUACCUAACGUCGACAGAUAUUGUAAAUAUCGUAAGAGUUUACGCAACUAUCAUCAGCUGAUUUCGUUUGUAAACGAAACAAACACUGGUAUUGGCAAUUCGUCUACUACAAGCAACGCUUCAAACGCAUCGAAUACAAAUUUAAACAGCGAGAGCGUUUCAAACGACGAGGGUGUAUUUGCUCUUGGUGCCAUUAGCACCGGCGAAGUAGAGGAGACCGAAAACUCUGAAGAUAACGUUGAUACCUACGACGACGAUAACGAGGCGGUUGAUCUAGAGGACGAUUCGAUUUUAGCUGAAGGUGACGUUGUUAUACGUGGCGACGGCGACGUUGACGACGACGACGAAGACGAGGAAGACGUCGACGACGAAGACGACGAUAUCGACGACGAAGAGGAGGAAGACGACGACGAUAUCGUUGAAGAAGAGGAAGAGGACGAAGAACUAGCCACAGAGGAUUCUGAGGAAGCUGUUGAAGGUAAUCACACAAACGCUUCCGAUUGUCUAAGCUUUGUUGUUGGUAGUAGCCACAAGAGGAGCGCAAAGAAGAGUAAUAAGAAGAGUCGACAACGUCAAGUGCAAUUCCUACAGAAUCAAACUAGUAGCAAUAGUAAGCGCGGUAGGAAGGGCCGCGGCGACAGGAUUGAGAAGAACGUAGGCAACAACAGCGGGUGUUUAAGCAACAAGAAUAUUGGUAUUAUUGAGUCUGCUGCAACAAACGCAGUUACGACGACGGGCUACAAUAAGGCCCCGAAUCUGGGGGCACGACAGACACGUAGCAGCGGUGGCAGCACAGAUUUUGUUGCUGGCGGUUUAACAGGCGCAGCCACAAUUGCGGGCGGCAACAGAGGUGGCGCGUCCAUCUCAGGUGUAGCAGGAGCUGCAACAUUUGGACAACAGCCACAAUCUCAACCACAGUCACAGCCCCAAGCUCAAUAUCAGCACGCAUUGCCACAACAUUCGCAGUUGUCACACCAGCUACUAACACACUACAACCAGCAGGGGCAGCCACAGGUGGCGCCACAAAUUUUAUUGGCACAUCAACAGGUGCCGCGGCAAUCGCAUUAUUUACACGUACCAGUCGCAGCUGGUGGUGCCCAUCACUAUUUUAACGCACAGGCGAAUUAUCAGUCGCCGCUGCAGGCACAACAUCAUAAUUUACACCAACCUCAUCAGCAACAUCAUCAUCAGCAUCAGCAACAACAAACGCGCUCUUCACAACAACAACAACAACACCAAAACCAGCACGUACAAGUGCAACAGCAACAACAACCUGUUCAUUUCUAUCACGCGACUUACCCCAACAACAGCGCAGUAGCAGCAACAACGGCCGCUGCAGCUGCAGUUGCCGCUUCAACAUCAGCUAUAUUAAACUUGAAUCUUAAUCACUAUCAAUCAACAGGACCUGUCGCUGGUGCAGCGCCCAUAAGUACAGCACCGCUUAUCUACCAGCAGCAACAGCAAGCACCGCCACCACCACCACUGCCGCAAACUUUGCAGCAGCAGCAACUGCACCAACAAAGUCCGCAACAACCGCUGCAUACACAACUCGGUGGGCGCUACAGCCAUUCGAAUCCCCAUUUGCACCAGUCACAGCAGCCACCACCCGUACCAGGACUACCGUUGCCGCUCGGUCACAUACAGACGGAGGCACCACAGCCUUUACAUCGCAUUCCACAUUCAGUGACCCAGCCGCCGCCUGCUGCAACAGCGACUGCGCGUCAUCACCAAGUACAUCCAGCCACUAUUGAUAUUGGAUUAGGCGCUGGAUUGGUUGUUGAUCGUUCGACUGCUACCACAGCAUCUUUUACACCGCAUUUGAACGCUCAAGUAGCGCCACCACCACACAGUUACGGCAGCAAUCGUACGGCGACCGUUGCAGGAGUGGGUGGAGGAGGAUCCAACACAUCGGCAGGUACAUCGGGAGGAGCAGCUUCAGCGUCAGCAGCGCCACCGUCACAUUCUUCACAUUCGCUGAGACGCAGUUCACGAAGCAAAACGGGUUCUUGCGUCAGUUCGGCAGCGCAACACGGCAGUGGCAGCGGGAGUGGAAGCGCAAGUGGCAAUGGGGCGGGUAACAGCGGCCUCGGCGUACACAAUGCUGCAGUUGUAUCAGCACCAACAUUAUUAGCAACAACGAGUGGUGGCGGCGGUGGCGGUGCCAUACCGUUGACAGCUGCCUCUGCCAUUGGAAACCACCAACAAUACAAUCUUCACCAUCCACCACACUCACUUGCCCCUACGCAUCCUCAUCAUCACCACCAUCAUCAUCAUAACCAAAUGCAACAGCAAACACUGCUGCAGCAGCAACAACAACACCAUCAUCACAUGCUCCAUCAGUCGGUUGCUGCGCCGGGUGGUGCGGUUGUUGUUGCCAUAGGCACAACACAACAAAAUCAAAAUGCAUCAUUAAUACAACAACAACAACAGCAUCUGCAACAGCAACAGGCGCAUCAUCGUGCUACUAUCAUGCAGCCUGGCUUCCUCUAUAACUAUCGCGCCACUGCUACCAAUACGCAUACGAACGCCAUGCCAUCGAGCCACUUCGUUGGUGCGUCGUCUGCGAGUGCUGCCGCCAUCGCCACCGCUAAUGCCAACUCUACCACCGCUGCUGCCAACACCGCCACCGCUAGCGUCGCCACUGUCGCAACGAAUAGUAGCCACAUAAAUUUGAAUGCGCAUAAUAAAGCGAGCGCCUCUGCGGAUGCGUUAAGCUUUAGUUUAAUGGCACAACAACCGUCUAGUGGACCGCCGAACACUGGUGGACAAUCGACCACAGCUAACCUCAGCGUUUCCACCGCCUUGGGCGCCGCCAAUUCAAAUUUAGUGAAUAACGCAAGUGCGGGAGCUGGUACGGGUGCCGGUGUGGGCACCGCUUCCGCCACCGCGACGGCCACGAAUACUGGAGCGGGCGCCACCACUGCCGCCACCUCGCACGCCGACUCGGAGAGCGAUGACAGCGAAGUGGGGCGUCUGCAGGCGUUACUGGAAGCGCGCGGCUUACCGCCGCACCUGUUUGGCGCACUGGGACCACGUAUGACACACAUUCUGCAUCGCACCAUCGGUAAUAGCAGCUCAUCGAAGGCACAACAAUUACUACAAGGCUUACAAUCGCACGAUGAGAGUCAACAGCUUCAAGCGGCUAUCGAAAUGUGCCAAAUGCUAGUGAUGGGCAAUGAGGACACUUUAGCUGGUUUCCCAAUCAAACAGGUGGUGCCGGCACUGAUUACGCUACUGCGUAUGGAAAAUAAUUUCGAUAUAAUGAAUAAUGCUUGUCGUGCACUCGCCUAUAUGUUGGAAGCGCUGCCCCGGUCUUCCGGCACUGUCGUGGAAGCGGUGCCGGUAUUUCUAGAAAAGUUGCAAGCCAUUCAAUGCAUGGAUGUAGCUGAGCAGAGUUUAACUGCGCUCGAAAUAUUGUCGCGCCGCCACAACAAAGCCAUACUGCAAGCCAAUGGCGUAUCGGCGUGUUUGACUUUCCUCGAUUUCUUCUCAAUCAAUGCUCAGCGAGCGGCGCUUGCCAUCACUGCAAACUGUUGUUUAAAUCUGCAUCCGGAGGAGUUUCAUUUCGUUGCCGAAAGUUUGCCGCUUUUGGCUCGUUUAUUGUCGCAACAGGACAAAAAAUGUGUGGAAAGCGUUUGCUCAGCAUUUUGCCGAUUGGUAGAGAGCUUCCAACAUGACCCGAAACGUUUGCAAGAGAUCGCUAGUAAAGAGUUACUUAAAAACUGUCAGCAAUUGUUGGUUGUUACACCGACCAUACUUAAUAGUGGCACUUUUACAUCCGUCGUACGCAUGUUGAGUCUAAUGUGCGGUAACUGUCCCGACCUAGCCAUUUCAUUGUUGAAGAAUGACAUUGCAUCAACUCUGCUUUACUUGCUAACCGGUAAUGCAGAACCGAACACAUCGACCGCAUCGCAUGUAGAGCUUAUUACACGUUCUCCAUCUGAGCUGUACGAAAUCACAUGUUUAAUUGGUGAACUAAUGCCACGUUUGCCGACAGAUGGCAUAUUCACGGUGGACGCACUGCUAGAUCGGCCCACACUUAACACUCAGGAUCAAGUUCAAUGGCAGUGGCGCGACGAUCGCGGCACUUGGCAUAACUAUUCAACAAUAGAUUCGCGCAUGAUUGAGGCGGCACAUUUGAAUUCUGAUGACGAGUUCAGCUUAAGCACAUUAGGUCGUACAUACACCGUUGACUUUCACUCCAUGCAGCAGAUAAACGAGGACACUGGCACUACGCGACCAGUGCAGCGCAAAAUAAAUCCAAACUAUGUGCCACCGUUACCACCUCCGACGGCAGCUGCGUCAUCAGUAACAACUGGUCAGGAUUUGUCUGCAUCUGCUGUGGCCACAGCAAUUACUGCAUUAACUAAUACAGUGUCGAAUACAGCGACAAAUACAUCGGCUCAAUCCAGUACUCCUAGCACUGCACCGAAUACGCCUGCCACUAGCAGUUCACAGCAACGUCGACGCGCUUCGGUAGAUGCACGAAUUGCUUGUCUGAAGGAGGAACGCGGUUUGGCUGCAGAAUUCAUUAAGAACUUGUUUAAUGUACUUUACGAAGUUUAUAGUUCGUCUGCCGGACCAAAUGUGCGCUACAAAUGUUUGCGUGCACUUUUACGAAUGGUCUACUACGCUACACCCGAACUGUUGCGGGAUGUGCUUAAAAAUCAGCUGGUCUCCAGUCACAUAGCUGGGAUGAUGGGUAGUAACGAUUUGCGCAUUGUAGUCGGCGCAUUACAAAUGGCCGAGAUACUAAUGCAAAAACUGCCAGACGUGUUCGGCACACAUUUCCGUCGCGAAGGUGUCAUAUAUCAGAUCACUCAGCUCACCGAUCCCAACAAUCCGAUUUGUGCCAAUCCUUCACCGAAAUCAUUACCCGGAGCAAGUGGUUCACAGAGUGCGCCUCCAUCUGCUUCCGGUUUGCAAGUGAAUCCGUUCUUUAUGGACAAUGCAGCGUCGGCAGGUGGAUCAACCACAGCUGGCACUUCAACACCUAAUACGUCGAAACCGGGUGCCAAUCAGGCGCAUCACCAUCAGUAUACAGUCAAGAGCUUUUCACAUGCAAUGAAUGCCUUAACUGCCAACGCUUCGGGUGCGUCUGGUAAUGGUCAAAAGGUGACGCUGGCUAUGCCACCCAGCUCUGGUUCACUGUUAAUGCCACAAAUGCCUGCUGGCAGUGUGCAAUCACGUCAGCAAUCCGCUGGCUCCCUAGCGCUUACCAUAAACUCUAACGCUGGUAUUACACCGCCAGUGACGGUCAUAGGUGCCGCUGGCACGGCUGCCGAAUUACAAUAUCACUAUAGCAGCUCUGCGCCGCCAGCGGCAGGUCCACCCUCGCACGCACAUCUGGCACAGACACCUAAUUUCUUUGUUUAUUCAACAAGUGCGGCUCCUCCUUUACCGCCUGGUGAUCCACGGCAAUAUGUGCACGGACAUUUUCAUCAUCCACCGCCGCAUUUCCAGCCACAUGCACCACCACCACCCACACAUCAUGUUGAACUGCUGCCUUCGUCAUCUAGUGCAUCGCUUAGCGUCAACCCAACAACAAUUAUAGCGCAUCCGCCUCCUCAGCAGCAUUUGCCGCAAGUGGUGUUCGCACCCUCCACAAGCGUAUGUGAUCCACACUAUCAUAGCAACAGCGGCGUAGCAGCCACAAGUGCAGGUUCCUCCUCUGCGUCUUCUUCGUCAGCUUCAGCGUUGCAACACAAAAUGUCCGAUAUGUUGAAACGCAAGGUCCCACCGAAACGAAAAUCUCAAUCAAGCAGUCGCUCCAAGUCACGCCAAGACGAGGGUGGUAGCUCGUCUACAUCAUCAAUGCACGAUUUGCUAAGUCGCGCCACAAGCCUUGGGAGCAGCACCGGACGCAGCACACCGAAUGCCAGCGGUGGCAAGUCGCGUUUCAGCGGUGGUGCAGCCAGUAGUGCAGGCACUAGCAGUAGCGGCAGCAGCUCGAUGAAGACUUCUUUCCUCGCUUCGUUAAAUCCCGCACGUUGGGGACGCCAAGGAUCUCAUCACAGUUCAUUUACCAAAGAUACGACCAGUACGAAUCACGCAGGCAGCGGCAACAGUAAUACCGCUAGCGGCGUAGUCAACGCUGCUCAUUCUGCCAGCCACCCAUCAAGCAAUGCUGCGAAUAGCAUCAGCAAGAGCAUAUCUAAUGCCAACCUCAUUGCCGCCGGCAAUCGUGAGAAGGCGCGUCAAUGGGUACGAGAACAAGCCAUUACGUUUGUGAAACGUUAUGCCGAGCAAGAGAACGCCAAGGCCGAGGGAGUCGCCGGUGGCAGUGGUAGUUCAGCAAAUGCCAUAAGCGGUGGCACGAACGUACUACAACGUUUAUCUGCUAUUAUCUUCAAGCUCAAUGGUAGCUUCCAAGACUGUUUAGAUGCGCUUCUUGAACUCAAAACGAUUUUAUUGGAAAGUGAUAUUUCACCGUUUGAAGUGAAUCACUCGGGUCUAAUCAAGGCGAUGUUGAAUUUCAUGACAAGCGAAGAUGGCAUAGUGGCUCGCGAUAACCGUUUACGUUCGUUUAUGCAUGUAUUCGCGGGAUUACCACUGGAACCAUUGAAAAAGGUGGGGCAUCUGCCAAACAUAGACGCAGUCGCAUUCAAUGCAUUCGUGGCGAAAUUAAACGGUUGCGUCACGCAGCUAGAACAAUUCCCGGUUAAGGUGCACGACUUUCCCUCCGGGCCGGGUGGACGCUCUAACACCAGCGCGCUCAAAUUCUUUAAUACACAUCAGCUAAAGUGCAACUUACAACGUCACCCCGAAUGCACCAAUCUCCGACAAUGGAAAGGUGGCACCGUCAAGAUUGAUCCUCUCGCUAUGGUACAAGCGAUCGAGCGUUACUUGGUUGUGCGUGGCUAUGGUGGUAUACGCGGCGAUUCCGACGAUGACUCCGAGGAGGAUAUGGAUGACAAUGUAGCCGCUGUCGUGAUGUCACAAAGUGGAUUUAAGCAUAAAUUACAAUUCUUAAUUGGCGAUCACGUCUUGCCCUACAAUAUGACUGUUUACCAGGCCGUCAAGCAGUUUUCACCGUUGGUCAAUGAUCAAUCCGAAACUGAUACGGACACCGAAACCCCAUUGGGUAAUGCCAGUGUUUGGGUACAGCAGCACACGAUUUACUAUCGACCUGUUGAGGAAGAAGCGAACGCCAGUAGUGCUGGUACAACCGCAAAUGCAAGUAGUCUUAGUAUUAGUAAACAUACUUCUGCAUCCUCUUCGACCGCUGCCGGCGCUUCUGGUUCGGGUCUGCAUACACCUACAGGUGGCCCAUCAUCGACGGGCACGUCCACAUCAUCGAAAAGGAGUAGUAAAUCUUCGUCCAAGUUGUUGCGCAAGAAAACCGAAUUAUGGCAUGAGGGUAUUGCGCCCGCCACUGUGUCUGCGUUGAAGGCAUUCCUCACAAGCACACUGCCGCCCGAUGUAGUAACCGUGCAAGAUGCUUCGCUAGAUGCGCUCUGUAUGCUGCGCAUUAUCAAUGCGCUUAAUCGACACUGGGAACAGCUUUACGGCUGCGUGCACAAACAACAUAUUAUUCCGCAAUCAGAAUUUGUGCAUCCGAAAAUUACGGCUAAGGCCAACAGGCAAUUACAAGAUCCACUUGUUAUAAUGACUGGCAAUCUACCGCCAUGGUUGCCGCAAAUUGGCAUGGCAUGUUCGUUCCUCUUCCCCUUCGAGACACGCCAUCUGUUGUUCUAUGCGACAAGCUUUGAUCGUGAUCGUGCUUUGCAACGACUCUUGGAUACCACACCUGAUCUGAAUGCUGCUGAGUCGUCGGAGCGUGUAGCACCACGUUUGGACAGAAGGAAACGUGCCAUAUCGCGAGAAGACAUACUAAAACAAGCAGAACACAUCAUUCAAGAUGUUGGUCACUCGAAGGCGCUGCUGGAGAUACAAUACGAAAACGAGGUUGGCACUGGACUUGGACCGACAUUGGAAUUUUACGCUCUGGUGUCAGCUGAGUUACAGCGUUGCGAUCUAGGUCUGUGGAAUGGUAGUGAUAGUUACAAACAGAACUCUUCCACCAUAGUGGAUGUGGUAAAAUCUAGCACCAGUGUGCAUAUCGAUGAAGUGAGCGAAGUUUCAACCGUGCAGCAAGACGAAGUCGUUGCUGUAACAUUAACAACAAAUACAGCAACACAAGCGAAUAGCACAACAAUCACAUCAAGCAAAACCACUGUAACACGCUCGAGUAGCAGGAACCACCGCAGUUCUGAUGGCCAACAUGGAAACAGCAGCAGUGGUAGUGGAAUGGGGAUGUCAACGCGUAGUCACCAACAGCAGCAACCGCAACAACCCAAUAUGGAACAUGCUGGCAGCGCAUCGAUGUUGAAUGAGAAUGCUUUGAAUAUGAUUAUUGAGCAACAAAUUGGUGGUGAUGAGUCACAACAACAACAACAUCAGCAUAAUAUUUCACCCUCUGACGGUGGGGAUAGUUCACCACUCGAAAUCGGUGAUAAUAACACAAAUGUGGCGACAAUAACUACCAGCACAUCAGUGACUUACGUGAAUGCGCCACAUGGACUCUUCCCAAUGCCAUUAGGCAAAUCAUCGAAGUUACCACAUGUUUCCAAAUCGAAGGCGAAAUUUAAAUUCCUUGGAAAGUUUAUGGCUAAAGCCGUAAUGGACAGCCGCAUGCUUGAUCUACCUUUCUCCAUACCCUUCUAUCGUUGGCUAUUGAAUGAAGAACACUCGGUUGGGCUCUCCGAAUUGGCAUGGGUUGCGCCCGAGGUACAAGCCACAUUGGUUCGACUUCAAGAUGUGGUACAUGAGCGGGAACGCAUACUGGCAGAUCCUAAUCUCGAUGCAAUGGAAAAGACUGAAAAGAUUGAUUCACUUGAUUUGGACGGUUGUCCCAUAACCGAUUUGGGCUUAGACUUUGUAUUACCUGGCUAUGCCAAUAUUGAAUUGUGUCGCGGUGGACGUGAUACGCCCGUAACAAUACACAAUCUGCAUCAGUACAUCUCAUUGGUGACGUAUUGGUUCUUGGUCGAAGGAGUGCAGAAACAAUUUGAGGCAUUGCGAGAAGGCUUCGACUCGGUAUUCUCAACGCAGCGUUUACGCAUGUUUUAUCCCGAAGAAUUGGAGAAUGUCUUCUGCGGUUCUGGUGCUACCAACUAUCAACGUUGGGAGAUUAAAAUGCUACAAGACUGUUGCCGUACCGAUCAUGGUUUUACACAGGACUCACAAGCCAUACAAUAUCUAUACGAUAUACUCUCUUCGUACAAUCGUGAUGAGCAACGAUUAUUUUUACAAUUCGUUACUGGUUCGCCGCGCUUGCCAACAGGCGGCUUCAAGUCACUAACACCACAAUUAACAAUUGUGCGUAAAACAUUUGACGGUAAUCAAAAUCCAAAUGAUUAUUUGCCAUCAGUAAUGACAUGUGUGAACUAUUUAAAAUUACCCGAUUACUCAAGUCGGGAAGUGAUGCGGCAGAAACUCAAAGUUGCUGCCAAUGAGGGCAGUAUGUCGUUCCAUUUAUCAUAAAUACAAAUAAAUGUAUAAAUAACGAUAAUGGAAAGCAUAAAAAACAAUAACAAAAACAGGAAGUACAUUUUUGUUAAAAUAACUUUGAAUGGGUGAUAUGAUUGAAACCGCAGUUAAUAUUGCUGAUGAAACCGAAAGAAAACGUCUUAAACUUAACAAGUGAAUCAAAAACUUUCCAAUGCAGCAACAACAGAUAUGUAUGUAUAUAUAUAGAAACCAACAAAUACAAAAAAGAAAACAAACAUGCUCUCACACACAUACACUCGCAGAGAAAUUGAAAACAUAUUCUUAAUUACUGAAUUCAAUAUAUGAAAUAUGAAAUUAAUUUAACGGAAAAAGAAUAAAUAAAAUAUAAAAUGAUAAUAAAA